CAGUUCACCCGUCUGUAGUGCAGAAAGACUCUUAAACCCCAAAAAUCUCCCGAGCCUAAAACCCAUAAAUCGCAGAAAUGAGAGGGGGAACCGCCAUUGGAAUAGGCAGGAAGCUCACCAACCCAUCCAACCUCUUCAUCUCCAAAGUAACCCUAAUCCCCUUCUCCUACUUCCUCCAACAGCGGCGGCGGCCGAGGUCGUGGCCGCGGCGGCCCAUCUCCCCUCCGUCAGUUCGACUUCGUCGCCCCAAAUCACGUCCCGGUCAGCCUGAUUCUGACGAGCCCAAAUCUGACACUCCCGCGUCCGCUCCCGGAAUCGGCCAUGGGCGUGGCAGACCCUUGGCUUCGUCCCAACCACCGUCGUCCUUCUCUUCCUUCGUCUCUUCCGUCAAACCCAAUUCACCAGCCGGUCGUGGCCAGCCAGGUCAAGUGCAACCGGGCCCACAGGCACGUGAUCCGAUGGCCUCUGACACCGGCCCCAGCAAACCCGCUACACCCAUUUUCUUCAGAAGGGAUGAUGGGUCGGACCCGCCAUUGCCCGGUGGCGGGCGUGGGAAGCCAAUGAGUCAACCGGGCCCGGAGCUCCUAAUGAAGGAGGUGAACACGCUUUUUGUGGCCCCAAGGGGCAAAAUUGAGAAAGAGAACCGGUACAUUCAGGCCAGACCCGACCAGGAUCCGGCUCAGAAUAAAGCCGCGCCGAGAGGUCCCAAGUUGACCCGGGAAGAGGCGGUGGCGAAAGCACUUGGGAUACUGCAGAAGGAUGAUGCUGAGGGUGGUGGUAGUGGUGGUGGCGGCAGCGGAGGUGGUGGAAGAGGCAGAGGGAGAGGGAUGAGAGGAAGAGGCCGAGGCAGGGGAAGAGGAGAUUUUAGACGGAGUGACAGAGGCAAGGACGUGGAUGAAGGAAAAGGUUCGGGGCUUUAUCUUGGAGACAAUGCUGAUGGUGAGAAGCUGGCUAAGAAGCUUGGCCCUGAGAAUAUGAACAAAUUGGUUGAAGGGUUUGAGGAGGUGAGUAGUGAAGUGCUUCCUUCGCCGUUGGACGAAGCGUUUGUGGAUGCCAUGCAUACCAAUUAUAUGAUAGAAUGCGAGCCAGAGUUUCUGAUGGGGGACUUUAGUAAAAAUCCAGAUAUUGAUGAGAAGCCACAUAUCCCUCUUCGGGAUGCGCUUGAGAAGAUGAAGCCUUUCUUGAUGGCCUAUGAGGGUAUUAAAAGUCAUGAGGAGUGGGAGGAAGCGGUGGAAGAGGUGAUGGAAAGAGUUCCAUUGUUGAAGGAAAUUGUUGAUCACUACAGUGGACCAGAUAGGGUAACUGCAAAGAAACAACAAGAAGAGUUAGAAAGAGUUGCUAAAACUUUGCCUGCAACGGUUCCUGAAUCUGUAAAACGAUUCACUGAUCGUGCAGUACUCUCUCUCCAGAGUAACCCUGGCUGGGGAUUUGACAGGAAAUGCCAGUUCAUGGAUAAACUAGUGGAUAAGGUUUCCAAGCAUUACAAGUAACCUCAGAACUUUUAUUGUUUGACGCUUAAUGCUGAAAAUGGCCACCACCUAAUCUCAUACGGAAAAAGAAGUCGUAGAUUAUGCUUUGAUUUUUCGGUUCAAUUUUCUUUUCCUCAGAAUUUUGCGCUCAUAGGUCUUGUACUGAGCUUGUUUCGUUGUCAUUAGCAAAAGAAAAUGUUAAAAGUUGUGUUAAAUUGUCGUCUGCAACGGUCGCAGAAGAGUUGCACCAUUUUUUUUCUGUAAUAAUUUGCUCUCUAUGCAUCAUUGCACUUUUGCUGAAGCACAUAAAGCCUCCGUAGGGAGAGCGUGUCUUUCCUCUUGAUUGAAUGCGAACAGCAUAUUUCCUCA